AUGGACGGAGCAUCAAGAAAGCUGCAGUACUGGAGGCUUUAUCUGCUGACGCUGGUGUUGGGAAUUGGUGGAUCAUUUCAAUAUGGGAUUCAAGUUUCCCUCAUUGCUUCUCCAGCAGUGCACGUUCAGAGUUUUGUGAACCAGACAUGGGUGCUGAGGUACGGAGCUCCAGUGGAUGACUCUACCAACCAGCUCAUCUGGUCCUUCAUCGUGGCUGUGUUAAGUCUUGGAGCAUGGGCUGGGGCUGUUCACAGUGGCAGCCUUCCUGUCACUUAUGGCCGGAAAAAAGCUCUCUUGUUCAACAACGUUGUGGCGAUUGUCGCUGCUCUUCUCAUGCUCUUCAGUCGCAUGGCCAAGUCUUUUGAGAUGAUCUUACUGGGAAGAUUUCUGUAUGGAUAUAAUGUUGGUCUCGGCCUGAGUGUGCACCUCAUGUACCUCGGCGAGAGUUCUCCAAAGAAACUCAGAGGUUUCCUGACCCUCACGGGCUCGAUCUUCAUCGGAUUUGGAAAAGUCGUGGGUCAAAUCAUUGGCAUUAAGGAGAUGAUGGGUACAGAAGAAAUGUGGCCGUAUCUCUUAGCUGUCAGUGGGAUUCCUGCCAUCCUGCAGUUUGUGACGCUGCUCUUCUUCCCCGAGGCUCCUCGAUACCUUUACAUUGACAAAGGAGACACUGAAGGCUCCAGAAAAGCCUUGCAGUGGCUGUGGCAGGAGGACGACUUAAAGCAGGAGCUGGAUGACAUGCAGAAAGAGAGAGAUAGCACACAGGGAGAGAAGGCGAAGACCGUGAAGGAUGUUCUCACCUCUCGCUGUGUGAGAUGGCAGCUGCUGACUCUGGCCAUCCCCUGCGCCGGCGUUCAGUUCUGUGGCAUCAACGCUCUGUAUUUCUACGCCUUCGACAUCUUCCGUGAGUCAGGAGUGCCAGAGGACCAGAUGCAUUACUUGUCCAUCGGUAUUGGAGCAACAGAGGUCAUCACUGUAACACUGUGUUCUUUCUUGAUAGAUCGAGCCGGCAGAAAGAAGCUGAUGGGCUACGGCUAUCUCUCGAUGGGUAUCACCAUGUCUUUACUUACCGUCAUGCUGUCCAUCAAGGAUCUGAAUUCAUGGAUCCCGUAUGUGAACAUCGCCCUGAUCUUUUGUGUCAUCUGCAUUUAUGGACUUGGACCUUCUGGAGUGUCUAUGGCCCUUCCUGCUGACCUCUUCCUGCAAGCCUGGCGUCCUUCUGCUUAUGUGAUCAGUGGGACUAUCAACUGGCUGGGCAUGUUCCUUGUGGGGAUGUUGUUCGGCUACAUUGUGGAUGGACUCGGGCAGUUCUGCUUCCUGAUUUUUGUGGCUUACUCUGUUUGCAGUGCAGCGUUUCUGAUAUAUUUUGUCCCAGAGACCAAAGGAAAGACAAUGGUAGAAAUUAUGGAGGACUUUAACAAUCUGAAUUAUAAGAACAGGGGCGCUGACAUUGAGAAGACUGGCACUAGUGUUGAAACUAAAUUGUAAUUUCUUCUUAAACAUUUUAUCACUUUUUUUUUUGGCUUUUAUUGCCUUUAUUUGAUAGGACAGCUGAAGACAGACAGGAAAAGGGGGCAGAGAGAGAUGGGGGAUGACACGCAGCAAAGGGCUGCAGGUCAGAUUCAAACCCUGGGCCGCUGCAGCAAGGACUCAGCCUUGGUACAUGGGUUGCCAGCUCUACCCACUGAGCUAACCGGGCACCGCAAAUAUUUUAUCACUUUUGACAUUUUUUUGCAUAAAGUGUAAAUUCUUCAGUUAAACUA